UCUAAAUCACAAACUUAAAUUCGUUUGCUUUGCGGAUUACCAAUCUUAUUUUUUAUUUAGUCCACUGCCUUCCUAUUUAAGAUUUAACUUUUUAACCUUUUUCGUUUUUAGAUUGUAACUAUCCGGGAAGGGAAAGUUAAAUAUGUCUGUGUGUUUUAUUCAAAAUAUAACCCUUGACGAAGAUAACACUUUUAAAUUAAUUACAAAUUUCUCGAAAUUAUCCUUCGAUUUAACGAUCUUAGAAAAUUUAAAUGCUUGGAAGAUUCAUGUAAACAAGUCGGCGCUAGCUUUAUCUGCAGAAGCGCACCACAUUGUUGUAGAAGAACAUUAUGAGAAGUUGAAGUGUUAUUUUCAACAGUCUCCAGAUGACGUGGAGUUUAAAUUUGAUGAUGGAAAAUUCACACUUAACUUACUACUCAAAGAUGACUUAAAAGUGGUGUAUUUUAAAACAAUUUUGGAAAAGGCAAAUUUUUUUAAAUGUGUUUCUGAUUGGAUAGAUCAACUCUAUUGUGAAAAGAACAACAAUUUUGAGAGCUUAUAUAAAGAGCAGAAAAAAUGUCUUCACUUGGAAUCUAUUGCAAGCAGCUAUGAGUCAAAACUAAGCGAGUUGACUGAUAGAAAACAAAAAGAAGAAACCAACCUCUAUAACAAAUUCUUAGCCAUUCUUAAUGAGAAAAAACUGCAAAUUCAGCAUUUAAAUGACCUUUUAAUAGCUUUUAGACGGGGAAGGCCAACAACAAAUAAAACAAACCCAAAAGCUAAGAUGCGAGUCAAAAAAUGUGAGAAGAAAAAUAUUAAAAAAAAGCAAGCAAGUCCAAGUAACUCAGAAUCUGACAGUUUUUCAGAUGGUUACAAUACAGAUGAAAAUUCAAACUCAAAAAUUACUUUGAACGAAAGCCAUCAGAGACUGAUUUCUCCAAAACCUAGUACAUCAAAACAAAAUUUCGACUUUUUAAUUGAAGAUGAACCUGAUAUUGUUUUACCAAAACGUAUGAGGUUGAAGUCAGCCAAGGUAAUGAUUCAAUCUAAAGAAUCGGAAAAAAUUAUCAAAGCAGAUACCAAAUUGAACAACAAUAAAGAUGAAUUAACUGUAAAUUUUUCUACUCAAGACUUACUUAAUGGCCUAUAAUUUUUAAUAAAUCCUUUAAAGGAUAUGUUUUUUCAAGAAGUAAAAGUUUACCUAGAUGAGUUUAUGAUCUUUUUAAUUUUCAGGACUGUUCUUGUUUAUCGAAAUCAUUGUAAUUAUUUCUUUUUUAAAUCCUUGUACCACUGUGGUAAA